AUGUGUGUUAUGUAAAUACUGGAAAGAAUCUGACCCUUCUUUUAAAAGUGAAACAAGAAUGAACAGUGAGUGACUGAACGAGCAAAGAGACACUACACUUUGCAAGUAUCUUUUUAUGUGGGACUUGAACCAAGUACUCUUUGCUUUCUCUGUUUGCCUCUCUCUCUCUCUCUCUCUCUCUCUCUCAUUGAUUUGAUUUGUUUCAUACUAAUAGGUUGCUGUUGGAGAGUGGAAGAGCCCAAAAUUCAACAAAAAUAGUGGUUAAGUGUGUUAUCUGAUUUUCCUUUUCUCUGUCUGAUAUCUUUCUGACUUUACACCAUCAUCCCCAUCCCUCCUACCACUUCUUUCCCAUAAUUGUACACCUUUCUCUGUCUCUGCCUUCCUUCCCCCAUCUUAUCCUCAUUUAUUUCUCCCUUAAUUCCUUUUACCCACUCCUUUUCUGGUAAAAAAUACUUGCAAAGAAACCCAGAUAAGAUAAUAGGCCUGUCUCUUUAGUCCUUGUGGUGGUGGCACUUCCCUUAAGUGGCAUGAGGCAUAUCCCCAAACCAUAGCCUGCAACUUCAAGACUAUGUAUAGAUGCACCCUUUUCGAGAUAAAGAGACACAAAGGCACCCCAGAGCACAAUUUUUCUUUGCAGAACUCUUAUGUGACAAACAAAUAUGUUCUCAGGACACCUUUCCCUUAUUGAAGUUAUGACUUUCACCUGUGAGGCGAAGAGCUAGCUGACGACGACACUGUCAGCAGUUCCUUCAAUUCUUCGUCUGAUUUCUGAUAUAUAGAAGAAACAAGUUCGCGACUUCACUGUCCUGCUGAAACAUGGUCACACCAAACUUGAACUUGGAAUAUGAAAAUGAUUCGGAAGUUUCAAGCCAAGAAAAUUUCAACAUCCCUCUGCAAGAAGAAUCCCAUGAUCUCUCUAAGGAUAGCACCACCACUUCUUCCUGCCUCACAAAUCAGACAAACCUCCAACAACAAGAUCCGGGGCCUAUUUCCCUCAACUUGACACUCCAGUUUAGCUCCCGUGACAUUGAAUUGAAGGGCACAGGGGAGACUAGCAGUACUGAAGGAGCUGCACCCCCUACUUCAGAAGCAACAAUGCCAAGGGUGUUCUCAUGCAACUACUGCAAGCGUAAGUUCUAUAGCUCACAGGCACUUGGUGGCCAUCAGAAUGCUCACAAGAGAGAGAGGACAAUGGCCAAGCGUGCUAUGCGUAUGGGAAUGUUUCCUGACAGGUACACUAGCUUGGCAUCUCUUCCCCUGCAUGGUUCUGCUGCUUCUGCAUUUCGAUCUCUUGGUAUCGAAGCUCAUGCUGCAGUGCACCAAAACAUUAUGAUACCAUCCGAUCAGAGGCUCCCUGUCCCUGACACAAGAGGUGUGGCAAGGUUUCAGCAAGGCUAUUUUGGAGUGCCAAUGUUUAUGGAAGAGGAUGAUGUGGGUAUGUUUUGGCCUGGGAGUUUCCGUCAGGUGGGUGAGGGAGUUGGAGGUCGUCAUUCGAAUAUGCAGUUUUCUCAAAAUCCAACAAUGAAUUCAGGAGGAUCCACCAUGCCACCAAAUACAAAGACAAGUUCAUCUUCACCUGAUCUUACUUUAAAGCUCUGAGAUUUUUGUUUUCUGUUUAGAUAUAUUUCCUUUUAGACAUGCUGCCAUGCCAUGAAUAGUAUUAUUAACUUUGUACAGUGAGAUAUGCAUUUUUAGCGGCUGCAGAUUUCUAAAUUUUUUAUGGCUGUAUUUGUUUCUUUUGUAAGGAUGAUGUUCUUGGUGUUAAUUGCUACUGAUGUAUAACAAGUUUUGGAGGUGAAGAUGAUUGAUAAGCCUUGUGAUGAUCA